AUGGCCAUGGCGUUCUCUCCAAAGAUUCAAUUUUUACUCUUCAUUUCUCUUUACUUGAUUCCUCUAUCAAUCAGCCAUGAAGCCUCAGCACUCACAGACGUUCAUGACCUCUUCCCCAAGUACAAUCUUCCAAAGGGUCUUCUUCCCGAUAACGUGAAGUCAUAUUCCCUGUCCUCAGUGGACAGCAGCUUCAAAAUUGAACUCACUCACCAAUGUUAUGUUCAGUUCAAGGAUCAGCUGGUUCUGUAUGAUACCACUAUUACUGGGAAAUUGUAUUUUGGGAAAGUUUCUGAUGUUUCUGGGAUUCAUGCUAGGAGGUUUUUCAUAUGGGUUCCUGUUACUGGGAUGGAUGUUGAUGAGGUGGAUAACAUGAUUGAGUUUCAUGUGGGUUUUUUGUCUCAGAAAUUGCCUGUUGAUGAUUUCCAAAUUAUUCCAACUUGUUUGGACAAAAAGUUACAAGAUUCUCUCUUGGCAUCAGAGUGA